AUGACAUCGUCUUUUGUCUUAUCUUCUACGUCCUCAGUUAAAUCUUCUUCAAUCGUAUCAACUCGUGAAUUUCUUGUUCGUACAAAAACAUCUGCUGACAAAAUAAACAAUUAUGAGAAUGUGGUUGUACUGCGUAUAUUUGAUGAUAUGCAUCAUGCAAGCGAAGAAAUUAUUUUAAAAAAAUCAGAAUCACAAAAUCAACUAUCCGAAAACAAGAAUAUCAAUAUAUUUCAUGUUAGAACUCAACGAAAAUUAGGCGAAAGAAUACAAAAACUUAAAUUACAUGCAACAGAUAUAGGCAAUUCACAAUCUAAAAAUGAUAAGAACGAACGAAUUUUUUUGAAAUGGAUUGAAUUAACUGAUCUGAAUACAAAAAGUAAAUUUUGCUUUCCAGUCGACGAUUAUAUACCGUCAAGUCCUGGUGAUGCAUUAGAACUAACUGAAGUUCAUCUGGAUAGCAUCUAUGAAAAGAAAAAUGAACAAGAAGCCAAUACGAAAUAUUCCGAUGUAGAAAAAAAUCGAACAGGAAAAAAAACUACUAAUAUUCAACCAAACGAUCACUUACAGUCUAUUCGUGAUAUAAUAAAUUCAGUCAAAUUAGAUACUAACAGUGAAAAUAAAGGUUUAGAAACAUUUAAUUCACAAAUUGCUAUUACAGACGAUAAAUCAAAAUAUGCUAAAUUAUACGAUAUUCGAACGAAAACCGGAUAUCAAGGAUUUUUAGGAAUCAAAUCAUUAAUGAAAGCUAAUGUCUAUGUGAAAUUAUAUGAUAUUUAUCAUCAAUCAUCUGAAUCGAUUCCUUUAACAGUAUCUAGAUUACAUGAACGACCGUUUCGAUCAAAUCAAACAGAUCAAUUUCAAAUUGGUACAAUUGUUAAACUUGGUCCAUUAAAAAAAGUUGAAAUUUGGCAUGAUGGAAAAAAAGGAACACGAUUACAUUGUGAUACACUAGAAAUAACUGAUCAAAGUAAUGGACAAAUAUAUUGUUUUCAAAUUAAAGAAUAUAUUGACAGUGACACAAAACUUAUUUUGACUGAUUAUGAUAAUCGACGAUGUCUUGAUAUUCAUUCAGAAUACCAGAAAUUGUCAACAAAAGAGGCUAUUACAUAUCAGAACAAAGAUGAUGAUAUAUCAAUCUUAUCGAAAACUGCACACAUAAAAAGUCAAUUAUUACCAAUAACACAACAAAAAACAUCGUUGACGAAUUUCAGUAGUACUAUAACAAAUAUUGUUAGUUCAAACGUUAAUAUGAAUCAAACUAUAUUUAAAGUACGAACAAGAGUUGGUCACAAAGGUCUUCUUUCUUUGGGUUUGGGUGAAACAUAUUUGAAAGUUUAUAUUCGUAUGCAUCAAGAUGAAAACGUUACCGACGAUAUAUUAUUAAAUAAUUCUUUGACGCAUAAUAAUCCAUUUGAAUCUGGUCAUAUUGAUGUAUUUGAAAUAGAUGUACCACAAUAUAUUAUAUCACCAGAUCGAAUCGAAAUAUUUCACAAAGGAAAAAAACAUGAUAGUCUUUAUUUGAAAUGGAUCGAAAUUAUGAAUAUGAAUACAUUAGAACGAAAAUGUUUUCCUGUUAACCGAUGGCUUGAAUUAAAUGCAACUGAUAAAAAAGCACAUAUUGUGUUAAAAAAUUUUAUUGUAGAUGAAUCAUGUGAAGAAAAUGAAUAUCAUGAACAUCAUUCACAUGAUCAAUAUAAAACUGAAUAUAUUGUUCGAACUAAAACAAGUUUAAAUCAAUCAAUAAAUAACAGUGAUACUCAUGCAAAUAUUUAUUUGAAAAUAUAUAAUGAUAAAAAGAAACAUACAGAAGAUAUGGUAUUAAGCAAUUUAAAACAUCAUACAAAUCCAUUUCGAGCAGGAAAAAUAGAUAAAUUUGAAAUUGGAUCAAUUCAUUUGAUGGAUGAUACUAUUGAUAAAAUUGAAUUAUGGCAUGAUAAUAUAUCCAAUUUUGAUUGGUUUUGUGAAUGGAUUGAAAUAAAAAAUAAAAAAACCGAUAAUAUUAAAUGCUUUGGUGUUAAUAGAAUUUUGUCACGAAAAUCAUCUGAUAAUGCAACUAAAAUUGUACUUACCAUUCAUUCACAUUAUCCAUGCGAUAAAAUCGAACGUGAAUUGCAUGAUUUAGCUAAUACUGUAGUUAUUCAAGAUCGACAUCAUUCUCAUGUUGAUAAAAUACAGUAUAUUCCUCAACGAUAUUAUCAUGCAUCAAAUAAACCUGAUUUUACUAAAAAAUACAUACUAACAAUAAGAACAGGAAAUAAAAUAUUAUCAGGAACUGAUACACAUGUAUUUAUUCGUUUGUAUGAUGAUCAAAAUCGUCAAUCAGAAGAUAUUUUACUUGAACAAACGGUAACAAAUAAAAUACCAUUUCAAAAACAUGCUAUAGAUGAAUUUCAUAUUGGUACAUUAAAUAAUUUAUCAGAUUUACAAAAAAUUCAUUUAUGGUAUACGGGUGAAAGAAAUGAAGGAUGGAAUGUUGAAUGGUUACAAAUAGAAGAUAUCGAUAUGAAUCAUCUUUAUUGUUUUCCGGUGAAUAAAUGGCUUGAUUCAAAUUCAAAUGAUAAAACAAAUCAUGUUGUACUAACAGAAUUUACUGUAAAUGAACCUUGUUCAAUAGUAUCUAAUCAAAUGGAUAUAAAAAAUACUCAACUUUUACCAUUCAAACGAUCAUAUCAUGUUGAAACAAAGACUGGGAAAAAAGGUUUUCUCGGCUUAUCUUUGACAGGUACAAACGCGAAAGUAUAUAUGAGAAUUCAUGACAAAAAUGGACAAGUAUCUGAACCAAUUGAACUUCAUCAAUCUAUUAAUCAUAAGAAUAAAUUUGAACGAGGACAAAUAGACGAAUUCGAUGUUGGUUCCAUUCAAUCACUGGAUGGCAUUAAUAAACUCGAAUUAUGGCAUGAUGAUACUGAUGUUGAGCAUGGAUGGUUUGCUGACUACGUAGCUGUAAUUGAUAAUAAAACAGGUGAAGAAGCGUGUUUCUUUAUUGGUGAAUAUUUAAACAAGCAGAAUGGUGGAGUCGAAGAAAAACAUCUCAUAUUAGAUAAACAAACAUUAGACAAUCGACCAUGUCGUGAACAUAAAUUUGAUAUGAAUGAAUCAACAAUUCAAGAAACUGUAGCCACAGGAAGUCCAUCAGCAUCAUUUACACAAACAUACCGUAUUGAAACAAAAACAGGUCAUACUGGUCUUUUUGGUUUGAGUGGAGCGGGUACAAACGUAAAUGUAUUCAUUCGUAUUCAUGAUAAUGAUGAUAAAAUGUCUGAACCAAUUCAACUUAAACAUUCGCUCAAACAUAAAAAUAAAUUUGAAAGAAAUCAAACUGAUGAGUUCGAUGUGGGAACUUUCAAAAAUCUUGAUGGUGUUAAGAAGGUCGAAUUAUGGCAUGAAAGUGAUAAAAAUGAUGGAUGGCAAGUGGAUUAUAUUAAAGUAAUAGAUAAUAAAACAGGAGAUUCUUACUGUUUUUUUGUCAAUGCCAUGCUUGAUAAAAAUUUUGGCUUAAAAAAAACUCAUGUUUUACUUCAAUAUCCAUCAGUAAAUGUUUCAUGCUCGGAUGAACUAAAGGCAAUGAAAAAAAUACAUAAUACUACAACAAUGAAUAUGACUGGUUCUCAGAAUAAUGAUAAAAUUGAAAGAAAUUUUACGAUUAGAACUAAAACAGGUAAUCAAGUAGAAGCUGGUUCGACAACACCUAUUCAUAUUCAAUUGUUCGAUAAUCAAGGUGAAAAAUCUGAAGAUAUACGUCUUAAACACAAAGAUCAUGAUAAACACAAUUUUGAACCGAAUGCUGUGGAUGAAUUUCAUGUAACAUCUUUUCAACCACUCUCUAAUAAACUAAUAGGCAUCCGUGUUAAACAUAAUGCUGAUAAAUAUCAAGGAUGGUAUGCUGAAUGGAUCGAAAUUAUAGACGAAGAUAACAUGCAAACGUAUUGUUAUCCCAUUCAACGAUGGCUUGACAAAGCUGAAAAUGAUAAACAAACUGAUAUAUAUUUCACUGAUGUUUCUGAUGUGCUGUGUGAUUCAUUACUCGAUACAAUGCCUGAAUCAGAUCAUCGAUCUAUAACAAUUGCUCGAGAAGUAUUUGUCAGUACUGUUUCAUCUUUAACACCUCCAUCACAGACGUCAGCUCAAAUACUCGAGACACCAUUCAAAACUACAUAUCAUGUGAAAACUAAAACGGGAAAGAAAGGUUUUCUAGGUCUUUCAUCAACAGGAACGAAUGCAAAAGUUUUUUUACGAGUUAUUGAUAAAAAUGGUAAUAUUUCGGAAAAUCUUCAAUUGCAUGAUUCAACUGAUCAUAAAAAUAAAUUUCAACGCGGUCGAACUGAUGAAUUUGAUAUUGGAACAAUCAAACAGUUAAAUGGGAUUGAUCAAAUUGAAUUAUGGACUGAUGGAAAAGAUUUGGAUAAUGGAUGGUUUCUUGAAUAUGUCCAAGUAACUGAUAAUAAGAUAGGUGAUAUGGCAUGCUUUCCUGUCAAUCAAUAUUUGAAUCAUAAGAAUGGUGGGAUUGAAGAUAAUCCGUUAAAAUUGAGUAGAGUAACGGAUGAACGAUUUUGUCAAGAGUUAAUCGAAGAUAGUAAUGUUAAUGAUAAUGAAUCAGAAGAACAGAUCUCAUCGUCUAAUGUGAAAUUCUCUAGUUUAUCUAGCAAAUACAAGAAUACAUUUUCAAUUAUAACUAAAACUGGUCAUGUCGGUUUUUUGAGUCUUGGCUCUGCCGCAACUUAUGCUCCUGUUUUUAUUCGUAUACAUGAUACUAAUGAUAAAAUAUCUGAAGUAAUUCAAUUACAAAAUUCCAUAAGACAUGCGAACAAAUUCGAAAGAAACCAAACUGAUCAAUUUGAUAUUGGAACCCACGAAUUGCUUGAAGGUGUUUCACGAAUCGAACUUUGGCAUGAAAAUGAUAAGAACGAUGGAUGGCAACUUGAAUAUAUUCAAGUUAUUGACAAUCAAACAAAUACAUCUUAUUGUUUCUCUAUCAAUAAAAUGCUUGAUAAAAAUUAUGGUUCAAAACAAACUCAUAUUCUACUUGAAACACCAUUAAUCAAUAUAUCUUGUUCCAACCAAAGUCAAGUAGUACAAAGAAAUCGAAUCAAUACAGACAUGACUAGUUCAAAGAAGAAAAAAGAUAAAUUUAUACGAAACUUUACUAUUCGAACAAAAACAGGUAAUCAAAUAGAAGCAGGUUCAACAACACCCAUUCACAUUCAAUUAUUCGAUGAUGAACAACAGAGUUCAGAAGAUAUUCGUUUGAAAAAUCACGAUCAUGAUAAACAUAAUUUUGAACCUGGUGCUAUCGAUGAGUUUCGAGUAACAUCUUAUCAACCGUUAUCAAAUCAGCUGACUGGUAUUCGUAUUAAACAUAAUGCUAAUAAAUAUCAAGGAUGGUACUGUGAAUGGGUUGAAAUCAUAGAUGAUGAUUAUGGAAAAACCUAUUGUUAUCCAAUACAACGAUGGCUUGACAAAGCAGAAAAUGAUAAGAAAACUGAUGUGUAUUUUACUGAUUUAUCGGGUGUUCCCUGCAGUUUGUUAGCCAAUACAAUAAUGGAAUCAGAUCGUCAUUCAGUCUCUAUUAUUCGAAAAUCACAUACAUCAUCGUCGUUAUCGGAAAUAUCUCCUACGCCGUUUCAAAAUACCUAUCAUGUAGAAACAAAGACGGGAAAAAAAGGUUUUCUUGGUUUAUCAUCUAUUGGUACAAAUACUAAUGUAUAUAUUCAAAUUAUUGAUCGUAAUGGAAUUAAAUCAGAACCAAUUCAAUUAAAAGCAUCUAUUGAUCAUAGAAAUAAAUUUGAACGUGAUCAUAUAGAUGAAUUCGAUAUUGGCUCCACAAAAAGACUCAAUGGUAUUAAUCAGUUAGAAAUUUGGACAGAUGGGAAAAGUUUGGGACAUGGAUGGUAUGCUGAUUAUGUCAUUGUAACAGAUAAUAGGACAGGUGAACAAGCAUGUUUUCCAAUCGGUGAAUAUUUAAACAAGGAAAAUGGUGGUGUAGCUAUUAAUCAUCUUUUAUUGGAUAAGCAGACAGACAAUAUAUCAUGUCGUGAAAGAUAUCAAAAGCAAGAAGAUGAUAUGGAUACUAUUCGAACACGUCAAAUGGAAGCUAUUAAUUCAUUCAUAACUUCUUCAAACGAUUCUUCAUCUGCUAUUGUCUACAAAAGAACUUAUCAUAUUGAUAUGAAGACAGGUCUAUCAUCAACCAGUACUAAUGCAGAUAUCUAUCUACAAAUUCAUGAUAAAUCAGGUCACAUAUCUGAACCAAUUUCUUUACAUUCUUCAACAAAACAUUUGAAUCCAUUUGGAAAGGACAAAACAGAUUCGUUUGAUAUUGGUAUAAAAAAAUCGCUUGAUAGUAUUGCUAAACUUGAGUUAUAUCAUAAUGGAACUGACCUUGGCCAUGAGUGGAAUGUAGAAUACGUCAAUAUUCUUGAUAAUACUACGGGACAUAGUUAUUGUUUUCCAGCUGAUAAAUGGCUUAGCAAUUCGGAACAUUUAAUAUUAAAUAAUUAUAUAUUGAAUGUAUCAUGUGAAGAAGUAAUUAAAAAACAAAUGGAACCCAAGAUUGAUAUAAAUAGUAUAGAAACCAAACAAAAACGUAGUUUUACUAUACGAACUAAGACAGGUUCUCAAGUGGAAGCUGGUUCGACAACACCAAUUUAUAUACGUCUUUUUGACAAUCAUUAUAAAAAAUCUGACAAAAUUCGUUUAAAACAAAAAGAUAAAGAUGGCCAUCAUUUUCAACCAGGUUCAAUAGAUGAAUUUCAUAUAACAUCCGAUAAACCGUUGAAAACAUUGAUCGCCAUUGAAAUUUCGCAUACUGCUGAUAAAUAUCAAGGAUGGUACGGUGAAUGGAUAUCAGUGACUGAUAAUGAUGAAAAUGAAACAUACUGUUUUCCAUUGCAACGUUGGUUAGAUAAAGGAGAAGUAGAUGGAAAGACUGAUAUUUAUUUAAAAUAUAUUCCAACAGUUAUUCCUUGUGAACAAUUACCUGAUACAAUGAAACGACGAAGUUUAUUAUUAAGUACAUCUAUUCAAAGUUCAACAAUAAAAAAUAUAAUAGAAGAAUUUAAAUCACUAUAUCAUAUACAAACAAAAACAGCAAAAAAAGGUCUUUUGGCAUUAUCAUCAACGGGAACUAAUGCAAGUGUAUUCAUUCGAAUUCAUGAUAAAGAUGGCAAAGUAUCUGAACCAAUUGAACUAAAAAAUUCUAUUGAUCAUAAAAAUAAGUUUGCUCGUGGCAAAAUAGAUGAUUUCGAUGUUGGAUCAAUGCAUGAAUUGAACAGUAUCGAUAAAAUUGAAUUAUGGACUGUUGGCAAGGAUAUCAACAAUGGAUGGUAUCCAGAAUACAUUCAAAUAACAGAUCAAAAGACAAAUGAAGUUAGUUGCUUUAUUAUCGAACAGUAUUUAAAUGAAAAAUAUGUUGAAUUGAAGGAUAAUCAUAUAAUAGUAGAUAAACAAAAAGAUAAUCGAAUAUGUGAUGAAUUAAAAAAAAAUAAUAUGAUCAACUUAUAUGAUAAAAACUAUGAUCAAACCAAGCAAAACUUGCUUCCUAGUGUAGAAUCUCAAGGAAGAUUUCAAGUUGAAAUUAAAACAGGUCAUACUGGUUUUUUGGGAUUGGGUGGUGCUGGAACUGAUGCACCUGUAUUUAUUCGAUUUUAUGAUAGUAAUGAUCGUAAAUCUGAAGCAUUUCAAUUGAAAUAUUCAACAAAACAUAAAAAUAAAUUUGAACGAAAUCAAACCGAUUAUUUUAUUGUUCAUACUAACGAACCAUUUGAUGACAUUUCUAAACUUGAUCUAUGGCAUGAUGGUCAUAAAAAUGAUGGAUGGCAAGUUGAUUAUAUCAAUAUUUUCGACAAUAAAACUAAUACAUCCUAUUGUUUUCCGAUAAAUACAAUGCUUGAUCGAAAUUCUGGUUUAAAACAAACAAAUAUUCAUCUUGAAAAUCCAUUAAUUAAUGUAUCUUGUAAAGAAGAAACAGAAGCAAUUAAAAGAAAUCGUAGUUUUACAUCAACAUCAAAAAAGCUUAAAUCAGAUAAAUUAUCUCGAAAUUAUACUAUUCAAAUAAAAACAGGUAAUCAUGCAUCAGCUGGUUCGACAACACCUAUACAUCUUCAAUUGAUCGAUUUAUAUGAUAAAAAAUCGAAAGAUAUUCGAUUGAAGAAAAAAGAUAUGGAAGGUCAUCAUUUUGCACCUGGUAAUAUUGAUGAAUUCAAAAUUACAUUAUCUGAAUCAUUAUCAAUAUUAAAAGCUGUUAAACUUUCACUUGAUGCUCAUAAAUAUCAGGGUUGGUAUGGUGAAUGGAUCUCAAUUACCGAUGAUGAUAAUCAAGAAAUCUAUUGUUUUCCGAUUCAACGUUGGUUAGAUAAAGGUGAAAAUGAUCAUAAAACUCAUGUUACUUUAUAUCAACAAUCUACUAUUCCAUGUAAUCAAUUAUCGGACUCGAUACUUAUUCAAUCUUUACCAAUGAACGAUGACAAUAACGAACAAUCAAGCAAUAGUGAAGAAAAUAUUCAAGCAUCUGUUACAAAUUCGUUAUUAUUAGAUCAACGAUAUGAAAAUAGUAGUUCUCAUAAUUUUCAAGUAUGUACAAAAACAGCCGAUAAAUCAUUACAAGGCAAACUUGGACGUGAUGCUAAUGUUUAUUUAAAUAUUUAUGAUAAAAAUAAUAAACAAAUUAGUAGUUCUAUACGACUUCACAAUUCUAAAAAUCAUAAAGUACCAUUUCAAAGACAUCACACUGAUAAAUUUGAAGUAACAAUAUCAAAUAUUAAAAUUAAUGAUAUUGAUCGACUUGAUUUAUAUCAUGAUGGACAAAAUGAUGGAUGGUUUUGUGAUUUUGUUGAAAUAAAAAAUCCUCAAACAAAUGAAACAAAAUGUUUUUCUGUUCAUCAAUGGUUAGACAAAGUAUCUGAUGAUAGAAUUCAAUUUUCAAUGACUAAUUAUCAAAAUGUUUCAUGUGAUGAUAAACAAAAUGCUAUAAAUUAUCAAUAUUAUACUGUACGAAUUAAAAUAAAUACAACAAAUUUAAUAUCGAAUGAUACAGUCAAUAUAUUUAUUAAACUUUUUGGUAAAUCGCAUCAUACAGAACGUAUUCAAAUAGAUCGAACGAUUGAUAAUACACAAGCAUUUCGACGAAAUAAUUCUAUAGAUACAUUUGAAAUACGAACACCGAUUAAAUUAAAUUCACUUCAAAAAAUUGAAUUUUUUUAUGAAUUUUCAUCAAAUAAUAGAAAAUUUUCUUUAGAAUGGAUUGAAAUAACUAAUUUAUCAAAUGGUAUUAUUUCUUGUUUUCCAGUUAAUCGUAUAUUCACACAAUCAGAUAUUAAUAGAGGAAUGCAACAAGUACUGACUUUAACUGAAUCGAACAAUAAACCUUGUUCUUAUUGA